GACUCGUAAUAAUACGGCGAAGACACCAAAGAAGAAGAAGCAGAAGCAGAAGUUUCCGGUGCAACAGCUAGGCAUCAUCAUGCCUACUGCUGUGAUUAUGGAGGAAAAUUUUGAUAAACUAUUAGAGCAGUGUGAAGCCCAAGAGCUUGAGGCUCCAGGGGGCAUUGCAACACCUCAGGUCUACGCUCAGCUGCUGGCGCUCUAUUUACUUAAUAAUGACAUGAAUAAUGGCAGGUAUCUGUGGAAGAGGAUUCCCCAAGCAAUAAAGUCGGCAAAUCCAGAAUUAGCAGCUAUAUGGGCAGUGGGCCAGCGUAUUUGGCAGAGAGACUUUCCAGGGAUCUACACAGCCAUUGCUGCUUAUCAGUGGUCGGAGAAUAUUCUUCAUGUCAUGGAGGCCCUUAGAGAGAGCACACGGCAGCGGGCGUACAGCCUUGUGGCCCAGGCGUACACUUCCAUCGCAGCGGAGGAUUUUGCUGCUUUUGUGGGCUACUCUGUGGAAGAGGCGGUGAAGGGUGUGGUGAGCCAAGGCUGGCAGGCAGACGCCAACACCAGAAUGGUGAUGCCCAAAAAACCAGAUCCUCCCCCUGUCUCGUUGGUUCCAAAUGAGCAGCAGUUGGCCAGACUCACUGACUACGUGGCUUUUCUUGAGAACUGAUAACCCACCACAGCCACUGCCACCCGUUUUCACCCGCUCGGUACUGAGGGAGAAUACAAGACUCUUCAUCCUUCCUGCAGCCCUGGUUGAGACGUACAACCACCCCACCCCCCAUCAUCUUGCAUGAUUUCUCUGGGACAUAGCUAUUUAUGUUCAGCGACUAAUAAACCCUAUGCUCUUGAUGUGUUGAAAAUUUCAGACUGUGAUGUUGUACAUUUUUAUGCUCUUCGCGAACCCACCUGAUGUCUAGAUUUGGCCGUUUUUCAAAGGAAGCUUCAUUUUCCCGUCACCAACUAAUUCUUUCCUCCCAGCAGAAAUACACAAACCAGCUUGUACAGUCCACUCCUUCUGUUUUAGCAUUUAAAGUUGGCCUUGAUAUAAAUGUCAUCGGGUAACAGGAGUCUUGGCAUGCAUGCAUCACCGUACGGAGACCUCAUUUUGAAAUUUUAUGUUUUGACUGGUGAAUAAAUAUUUUGCUGUUUCUAUA